AUGAUUUCCGCCAUAGUGUAUGGAAAGAAUGAUUCUUUUGUUAAGUUAUUGUACUCAAUUGCGCAUGAUAAUCUUGAUCAGUUAGUUGGAGAAGAAGCUGAGAAAUUGGAAGCUAUAAACAAAAUUUGUAGUAUUAGUGAAAUCCAAUUACGCAAGAUAAAAAAAUACCUGGAAAAAGGAGAUGCAGCAUCAAGAAAAAAGUCAUUAAGCUAUGUGGAUGAUACUUUGGAAUUCUUGCAACGACAGAAAAGGAAAUAUUGUGAAGCAAUCGAAACAACACCGAUUGAUGAAACUCCUCCUUUGGUUUAUCUGAAUAAAAGAAGACAGCCAAGCACUGUAGAACUUGACGACGAAGUGCAUGAUGCAGAAUUAUAUGACUUUGUCCAACGUUUCAAAAACGCAAGUAGAAUCAAUUGGAAAGAAUGCUUCAGAAAAGGACAUCUAGAAAAUAUUGAGUCAAUUAAACAAUUCAAUACUUGUGAGAGUCUACGAUGUCAUUAUAAUAGAAAAUUUAAAUAA